CUUGCUCACGCGACCACUCGCCGUCCCCUGGCCUGCCAGUAACACCCCGGGCCCCAGGCCCCCGGCUAACCCACCUGCCUCUGGUCAUAAUCCUACGCCCGGCUGUUCUGGUUCCAGGGCCAUGGUGCUUUGCACUUCCGCUCUGGAGCAACCCAGUCUUGCUGUGUGCGGCGGGGCUUGAGGCGGGUGGCUUGAAGCGUCACUUCCCGGCUCUCAUGGCGCUGCCGGCAGGGCGGUGCUGGGAGGCGCUGGCCGCGGUGCGCCAGCUGGUGGCUUCGAAACCAGCUGGCGCGCUCGGUCCACGACUUGCAUGUCGCUGCACUUUGCAGUACAAGCAGUCCGUCCUGCGCCCCGUCCUGCGCAUUACGAGUACGGCACGCGUACCGCAGGAGCUGCAGUCCGGCCCGGAUGCUGCUGCCCAACCCUCCGCGCUGCUGGCACGUGUGCCGGCGGCGUGAUGGGGGCGGCGUCGGUCACACUGCAUGCAACUUGCGGCGUAACCUCCGCGCCUCCUGCCCCCCAGGUAUGGCUGCUGCUCGCGCAGAGCCUGGGUGGCGGCAGGGCGCGGCUGAAGUGCCGCUGCUGACCCUCACGGUGAAGCAGGCGACCCAGAUUCAGCUUGCGCCUGCAUACGACGCGCUACGCGCGCGUCACCUGGCCUUCAUCCAAGAGGCCUACAGCGGUGCCGCGCCGCCGGUGGAAGCGAUUUACGCGCUGCGGGCGGCCCUGGCACGGCUGUGGGCUCAGGUGUGGGAGCCGCAACACAAGGAGGCGCUCUGGCGCUUGGCAGUCCAUGGAGUAACGGGCUUUGGGAUGCAUGCGGCGUUGGCCGCGGAGGGGCGUGCGGAGACAUGACCGUGUGGAGCUCGGAUGACUGCUGGGGCUACGGUUCAUCGCUUCUGGGACUGUGUGGUGGCAGAGGGUCUGCGUGAUGUGUUGUGGGCACAUGCGAAUGGGGACAUUGCACGGAACCAGAUGUGGUUGGUACAGGCGCCACCAGGGGUAUCGCAGGCGGUGUGGAACAUCGUGUGCUUGGCUGCUGUGGCGGCACUAGAAUACGGCCGACAGCAUCUUUGCGCGUGCCGUAAUGCCUCGGAUUUGACUGCGGGGGUUGCUGUUGUUGAAGGAUCGGGGUGAGGUGAUUGAGGACUUCUGGUCGCAGCUAGCUUUGUUCGUAAGUCUGCGU